GGAACAGGGGAAGAUAGAGUGAGAGAGAGAGAAGGGAACAGGGGUAGACAGAGAGGAACAGGGUUAGAGAGAGACAGAGACAGAGAGAGGGGGAGAGCAGGCAGCAGGACUGUUCCCCCUGACCGCUCCGGGAGCCGCAGGCGGUGCUGUGAGCGAGCCUUGUCCCCAGCCCCCUCAGCGUGUUGGCAAGGGCCGGAUGUCGCUGUUGCAGGGCCUGAUGCUGCUGCUGGCCUGUGCCCCGGGUGCACUCAGCUUCUCGAAGUGCCCGACCCUCGACAUAGAGCUGUACAGGCACCGAAGGAUCGAGGCUAUCCGAGGACAGAUCCUCAGUAAGCUGCAGCUCAAGGAGGCUCCAGACCCUGAUGACCUUCCUGAUGAAGUGCCUCUGGAAACCAUCAUACUGUACAACAGCACCCGGGACAUGCUGAAGGAAAGAGCUCGCCGCCGGGAAACCCUGUGUGUGAGGAGCGGCCCAAUGGAAUAUUACGCAAAGGAUAUGUACCGCCUGGACAUGGUCCCAGCCAGCUACAGAGAGAAUACUAUUUCCACCAGUUUCUACAACCCAUACUUCCGGUUGAUCCACUUUGAUGCUUCCAGCCUGGAGAAAAACGUCUCGAGCCUGGUAAAGGCGGAAUUCCGAUUGUAUCGUAUCCGAUACCAGAAAUCCCAAGUGGCAGAGCAGAGAAUCGAGCUGUACCAGGUUCUGAAGGCCAGGGAUCCAGCCUCGCCGGCUCAGCGUUACAUUGACAGCAGGGUGGUACGGCCCCAGAGUGCGGGGGAAUGGUUGACCUUUGAUGUGACAGAGACAGUUAGUGAGUGGUUACUGCACCGAGACAGAAACCAGGGAUUGAAAGUGAGUGUUCAUUGUCCGUGCUGCACUUUCAUCCCGUCAUCCAACAACAUCAUCUCCAACAGCAGCGAGGAGCUUGAGGCUCGCUUUGCAGGUAUCGACGAUGACCCCUACACAGGGUAUCCGCGGGGACGGAGGCAGAAGCGACUGGCCGCUCUCAGGAAGCCCCACAUCCUGUUCACCCUCCUCCCCUCCCACAGGCGGGAGCCCCAGGCCAACGGCCUCCGCUGGCGCCGUGCUGUAGAGGAGGACGUCUGUUCCAGGUGA